GUGGGGGAGUUUGCUCGGUUACCUGGUUGGGGGUUGCGUUCGGUAAGAGUAUAUAUGAUCGCUCCGACACCUCCACCAUCAGUCAUUCCUAGUGACUUAACAUCCCGGUGUCUUUUACUCGACGGAUCGGUUAGGUUAACAAUUAAAGACAGCAGCGUCACCAAUCAUGAGGCUGCGCUUGUUAUUGAUAGCCUCGCUAGCUAUCUUUCACGCUUGCACGGCAGAACACGGUUAUAGUUAUCCUAGGCCUAACAAUCCGCUAACACCAGGUGGGCCAGGUGGCGAUCAAGGUGGUAAGCCAGGAGGUCCAGGUUAUCCUGGUGCUCCUGGUGGUUAUCCGUCUGGACCACCCGGCGCUCCUAGCCCAUCGGAUCCAGGUUAUCCGGGAGGCUAUCCGUCGCCCGGUGGUCCUGGAGGACCCGGUGAACCCGGAGGAUCAGGCGGCUAUCCUAGCGGAAAACCAGGUGAACAGGGUGGACCAGGAGGUUAUCCUGGCGGCGGACCCGGAGGACCAGGAGGGUCAGGAGGACCUGGAGGAUAUCCUAGUGGCAGACCAGGUGGACCUGGUGGGCCAGGUGGUUAUCCUGGCGGUGGAGCUGGAGGUCCAGGAGGACCAGGAGGUCCAGGAGGCUAUCCCAGCGGCAGGCCUGGUGGACCUGGAGGGCCAGGAGGUCCAGGUGGCUAUCCCAGUGGAGGACCAGGAGGAUCAGGUGGGCCUGGAGGAUAUCCUAGUGGCAGGCCAGGUGGAUCUGGUGGACCAGGAGUGCCAGGAAGUUAUCCCGGUGGUGGACCCGGAGGGUCGGGCGGACCAGGAGGGUCUGGUGGCUAUCCUAGCGGUAAACCAGGUGGACCUGGAGGAUAUCCAGGUGGAGGACCACAAGGUCCCGGUGGACCAGGAGGACCAGGAAGUCCAGGAGGUUAUCCCGGCGGUGGACCCGGAGGGCCGGGAGGACCAGGAGGGUCUGGUGGCUAUCCUAGCGGUAAACCAGGUGGACCUGGGGGAUAUCCAGGUGGAGGACCACAAGGUCCCGGUGGACCAGGAGGUCCAGGAAGUCCAGGGGGUUAUCCCGGCGGUGGACCCGGAGGGCCGGGAGGACCAGGAGGGUCUGGUGGAUAUCCUAGCGGUAAACCAGGUGGACCUGGAGGAUAUCCAGGUGGAGGACCACAAGGUCCCGGUGGACCAGGAGGUCCAGGAGGUUAUCCCGGUGGUGGACACGGAGGGCCGGGAGGACCAGGAGGGUCUGGUGGCUAUCCUAGCGGUAAACCAGGUGGACCUGGAGGGUAUCCAGGUGGAGGGCCACAAGGUCCUGGUGGGCCAGGAGGACCAGGAGGCCCAGGAGGUUAUCCCGGUGGUGGACCCGGAGGGCCGGGAGGACCAGGAGGGUCUGGUGGCUAUCCUAGCGGUAAACCAGGUGGACCUGGAGGAUAUCCAGGUGGUGGACCACAAGGUCCCGGUGGACCAGGAGGACCAGGAAGUCCAGGGGGUUAUCCCGGCGGUGGACCCGGAGGGCCGGGAGGACCAGGAGGGUCUGGUGGCUAUCCUAGCGGUAAACCAGGUGGACCUGGAGGAUAUCCAGGUGGAGGACCACAAGGUCCCGGUGGAUCAGGAGGACCAGGAAGUCCAGGAGGUUAUCCCGGCGGUGGACCUGGAGGGCCGGGAGGACCAGGAGGGUCUGGUGGCUAUCCUAGCGGUAAACCAGGUGGACCUGGAGGAUAUCCAGGUGGAGGACCACAAGGUCCCGGUGGACCAGGAGGACCAGGAAGUCCAGGAGGUUAUCCCGGCGGUGGACCUGGAGGGCCGGGAGGACCAGGAGGGUCUGGUGGCUAUCCUAGCGGUAAACCAGGUGGACCUGGAGGAUAUCCAGGUGGAGGACCACAAGGUCCUGGUGGACCAGGUGGACCAGGAAGUCCAGGAGGUUAUCCCGGCGGUGGACCCGGAGGGCCGGGAGGACCAGGAGGGUCUGGUGGCUAUCCUAGCGGUAAACCAGGUGGACCUGGGGGAUAUCCAGGUGGAGGACCACAAGGUCCUGGUGGACCAGGUGGAUCUGGUGGAACCGGAAGUCCAGGAGGACCAGGAGGUUAUCCUGGGGGUGGUCCCGGAGGCCCAGGAGGACAGGGCGGACCUGGAGGUUAUCCUGGCGGUGGUCCUGGAGGUCCAGGAGGACCAGGAGGUUAUCCUGGCGGUGGACCGGGUGGACCUGGUGGUCCAGGAAGUCCUGGAAGUUUUCCCAAUGGAGGACAAAGCCCAGGUGGCUUUGAAGAACCGUACGACGAAGGCGACUAUUCUGCAAUUCCUGGCGAACCUGGUCGUGAUUAUCCUAUAUAUUCAGAAGUACCCGAAACUAGUUUCCGUUGUGAAAAUCAACAGUUCCCCGGAUAUUAUGCGGACGUUGAAGCUCAGUGUCAAGUCUUUCAUAUUUGUGCCAAUAACAAAACCUACGAUUUCAUUUGCCCUAAUGGGACUAUUUUCCAUCAACAGUAUUUUGUCUGUGUGUGGUGGAAUCAAUUUGACUGUAGCACGGCGCCAAAUUUCUACUAUUUGAAUGAAAAUAUUUAUGACUAUAACAUAAUGGGUGGACCUGAAAUGUUCCCUGGUGGACCUGGAGGACCAGGAGGAUUCCCUGGCAUUGGACCCGGUGGGCCCGGAGGCCCUGGUGGACCAGGUAGUUAUCCAGGUGGACCUGGAGGUCCAGGAGGUCCUGGAGGGUAUCCCAUUGACAAACCAAGCCAACCUGGAGGACCUGGUGGUCCUGGUGGCUAUCCUAGCGGCAGACCAGGUGGUCCCGGAGGACCAGGAGGCCCUGGAGGUCCUGGUGAUGGAUCUAGUGGCCGACCAGGAGGUCCAGGAGGGCCAGGAAGUCCAGGAGGUUAUCCCGGUGGUGGACCCGGGGGUCCAGGAGGUUAUCCUAGUGGCAAACCAGGAGGGCCAGGAAGUCCAGGAGGUUAUCCAGGAGGUGGGCCUGGAGGGCCAGGAGGACCAGGAGGGCCAGGAGGGCCAGGAAGUCCAGGUGGUUAUCCCGGUGGUGGACCCGGAGGGCCAGGAGGUUAUCCUAGUGGCAAACCAGGAGGGCCAGGAAGUCCAGGAGGUUAUCCAGGAGGUGGGCCUGGAGGGCCAGGAGGACCAGGAGGGCCAGGAGGGCCAGGAAGUCCAGGUGGUUAUCCCGGUGGUGGACCCGGAGGGCCAGGAGGUUAUCCUAGUGGCAAACCAGGAGGGCCAGGAAGUCCUGGUGGUUAUCCCGGCGGUGGACCCGGAGGACCAGGAGGUUAUCCUAGUGGCAAACCAGGAGGUCCAGGAGGGCCAGGAAGUCCAGGAGGUUAUCCCGGUGGUGGACCGGGAGGGCCAGGAGGACCCGGAGGUUAUCCUAGUGGCAAACCAGGAGGGCCAGGAGGGCCAGGAAGUCCAGGAGGUUAUCCCGGUGGUGGACCGGGAGGGCCAGGAGGACCAGGAGGGCCAGGAGGUUAUCCUAGUGGCAAACCAGGAGGGCCAGGAGGGCCAGGAAGUCCAGGUGGUUAUCCCGGAGGUGGACCCGGAGGGCCAGGAGGACCAGGAGGGUCGGGAGGUUAUCCUAGUGGCAGACCAGGAGGGCCAGGAGGGCCAGGAAGUCCAGGAGGUUAUCCUGGUGGUGGACCUGGAGGACCAGGAGGGUCGGGAGGUUAUCCUGGUGGCAAGCCUGGAGGGCCAGGAAGUCCAGGAGGUUAUCCUGGUGGUGGACACGAAGGGCCAGGAGGACCCGGAGGGCCAGGAGGUUAUCCUAGUGGCAGACCAGGAGGACCAGGAGGGCCAGGAAGUUCAGGAGGUUAUCCCGGUGGUGGUUCUGGAGGGCCAGGAGGACCAGGAGGAUCUGGCGGCUAUCCUAGUGGUAAACCAGGUGGUCCAGGUGGAUCUGGAAGUUAUCCUGGUGGUGGUCCCGGGGGUCCAGGAGGUUAUCCAGGUGGAGGCCCUGGCGGACCAGGAGGACCCGGUGGUCCAGGAAGUCCAGGAGGUUAUCCAGGUGGCGGAGCCGGUGGACCAGGAGGACCAGGAGGUUAUCCUAGUGGCAAGCCAGGUGGUCCAGGAGGACCAGGAGGAUCUGGUGGUCCAGGAGGUUAUCCAGGUGGCGGACCCGGCGGUCCAGGAGGACCUGGUAGUCCAGGAGGUUAUCCAGGUGGCGGAUCCGGUGGACCAGGAGGACCAGGUGGUUAUCCUAUCGGCAAGCCAGGUGGUUCAGGAGGUUAUCCGCAUGGAGGAGGAGAACAUGGUGGUCCAGGAGGACAAGGAGGAUCAGGAGGACCAGGUGGUAAACCAGGUGGACCUGGAGGUUUUCCUGGCGGUGGAUCAGGUGGACCAGGUGGGUCGGGAUAUCCCGGUGGCCCUCAAUAUUUAGCUCCAUCUGAACCUCAUGGUCCAGGUGGUUCAGGAGAACCGGGAUAUAGACCAGGUGGACCAUUUGUCCCCAGUAAACCAUCGGGUCCGUCAAGACCUGACGGUUUUCCUGAUGAUAAACCAGGAGACACGCCAUUUCCGCCACAAGGGCCUUCUAAACCAGAGCGCGAAUAUUUGCCACCCCGACGCGGUUAAUCCUAUCAAUUAUAUAAUCGCGUUAACUCCGAAUUUAACGCCUAACAAUCGCCGUUGGUGAUACUUGAACCAUAUUGUAAAUACAAGCCUUCUUACCUAUUAGCUAAGUUAAGUAAUAUGGUAUUCAUUUCAAUGGAUAAUGUAAUCGUUUCCUUUGCGACAUUUCUUUCAUCGUAUAGUUUUCUUGAAAGUAACUUUUAAUGUUACCAUUAUAUAAGUUUAUCCUUACUUUCUUUUAUGAGUUUUAUAAAUUACUUCCUUGAGGUUCUUAAAAGCUUUCGUCUUUUAUGUCACUAAAUAAGUUUUAAUAGAUUACGGGUCUGCCUUUUUUUCAUUUCAAGAUGCAAACAGAGAAGAGGAUUGUAAGAUACUAAUUACAGAAAUUAGAUGUUACAUCUGUCUUUUAUUGUAUAUAGCCAUUGAAAUGGACGCAUUCUAUGUAUGUAAAAUAUUUCAAUAUUUUCAUUUACUUUCUUUUUUCUUUUUUUCUUUUUUUGAAAAUAAGACAAUUAUCGUAAUAUUUGUAAUUAUUUUGAAUUUUUCACGUACUUGUAUCAGAAAGUUAGUAGCGAAAGAACUUUCGUAAAAUUAUACUAAAUUAAGAGCGAUUUAAGUGAACAUAACGAAAAAAUUAUCGGAACCUAUCUCGCAAGGUAUUAUUGCACGAUAUAUUUAUUUAUUUCGAUAUUAAAAUAAUAUCGUAAUAUUAUUAAAUCGAUCCCUUACCAUUAAGAAAAAAUAUCAACAGGGACAAUUAUUCGGAUCUUUAAUAUAUUAAUUAUCAUGCUCUAUAUAUAAUAAUAACACAUAUGCUCAACAAAGAUCCGAAUAAUAUUCUUCAUUUCUCCGAACAUUAUCAUCCUUAUUUUGUCCUAAGCAAAGAGAUGUUAACAUAAUAUUAUAGUAAUUUUAUACUUUUUAUAUUAUACACUCUCAUAUACACAUCCAUAUACGUAAUUUUAUAACGAUGGUUCGAGACUCCUAUGGUGGGAUGCCAUUAUGUAUAGUUUAUAUGUGAAAUAAAGG